AUGGCUGAUCGUUUUUCAGUGGAGGGUCUGGCGAAGGAUUGGGAAGGAGUGGACAAUAUCCGGGCCAGAGUGCGUUCGGAACAGGGCAGGCUUGUGAUUCAGAAUGAGGAUCAGACCUAUGAUCCAAGCAAUCGUUUGGCAAUCUUGAACUUGGAUAUCCUCGCCCCCAUGUUGGUUCGAAUGACCUCCUGCAACCUUAAGAUCCCGGACAUCGAGCCGUUGCGAACAACAGUGCAAGAGGUUUAUCAACUCGUGGGCAGGGAGCCUGCGGAGUCCCAAGUCGACGAUGAGGCAUGGGCUCUCCGUCACCUCGUGGGUCAUGUGAAGCGCAAGACCCAGAAGCAUCUGGUUUCUUUGGAACCGGAUUUCCAAGACUUGUGCCUCAUUUUGAAUCCGGGCCUGGAGGACCUGGUGCAAGAUAUCCGGCGACGUGCAGAAUCCGUCCCCGAGGCAUCGCCUGAUGACACGUUGGAGGUGCUGCUUGAUAUAAGCCAGCCGGACUCCGGGGCUGGAGCUUUGGUGCCGGGAGAAAAACCCGAGCCAACACCGGCCAUCGAGACGCUCCGAAGCCCCCAGGCCCAGGCCCGAUUCAACCCAUACUCCCGAGCCAACACGUGGGCCGAUAGUGUUCCAGCGGAGCCAAGUUCUGGUGCGAUUGUCCCGAGUGCUCCCAGCACUCCCUCCCCUGUGUCUGAGCGACCCUCGCCAAGUCAAUCCGUGUCUUCUGCAGAGUCGAGCAAAGCGAAGAAGUUCCAGCUCCAGCUUUUGCAGGAUGAGCUCAGGAUUCGGGAGAAGCGGGCGAAGUUUGACCCGUCCAUGCGUGUGCAGCCAGAGGAACCCUCCCCAGGCCGUCCAGAGCCUGGCGCAGCCGCCGCAGCCGCCGCGCUGGUGACCCCUCCUUCCAAGAACAACUUCAGUCUUGCGGGUGCAGACAAUGCCGAGACCCAGCUCUUUGACAUCAUGGCAGUGGAUACAACUAAUGCUCCCUUGACCCCAGAGUACAACAAGCCGCAGAGAAUCCCGAGCUCAACAACCGUGGAAGCAAAGCGUUGGGCCUAUCAGCAUCCCAAUGAACCCAAGCAAGAUCAGAUGCCUCCCGCUGACCCCUCGACACUACCUGCUCGCGACGAGGAGCCGUGUGCUGUCGAGGCGCCGAUGCCUGAUGCUGAGGCUCCUGUGGAUGAUGAAGCAGCUCCAGAGCCUGAAGAGGCCGAAGCUGCAGAGGCCGACGAAGCUCCCGCGGAGGCUUUCGGGAGACGAGAGCAGCUUGGAUUGAGACAGAGGAUCAAAGCUGCCAACAAAGAGAAAAAAAAUCAGGGCGGCAAGAAGCUCAAGCGCAAGAAGAGCAAGAGCAAGCUUGCUCGCAUGAAGAAGAUGCGCAGUUCGCGCUCUUCGUUUGAGGACACGGAAGGACUUGAGCCACACGAGGACGAAGCGGAGCCCGUCCAGGAAGAGGAGUUUGAGCCUGAGGAUCCGUCAUCUACCAGCAAAGCAAAACCGAGAAGCAAAGCCACACCGAAAGCCGAAGCCGCAAAGCCGAAAAGCAAAGGGUCACCGAAAGCCAAAGCCGCAGAGCCGAAAAGCAAAGGGUCACCGAAAGCCAAAGCCACCGCGAAAGCCAAAGCCACCGCGAAAGCCAAAGCCUCGCCGAAAGCCACCGUUGCCAAAUCCAAGAAGGCUUCGUCUUCGAAAGCUCAGGAGGACGUUGGGGCGGAGCCCGCCGAGAGCGACGAGAAGCCCAAGUCCAAGGGGGGGCGACCCAAGGGAUCGAAGAACAAUCCCAAGCAGGCCGAGGUCACUGCGACUAAGCAGUCCCGUGCUGCCCGAGUGGCACCCAGCGUCCGCCUGAACCGCAAGUCCGCCGACGACACGCCCCACGACCCGGAGGAUUACAAGUACAUCCUUAGCUUCUGGGGGGAUUUCGAGGAUCCCAAUGCCGAUCUUCCGGUGCUCAAGCGAGAGGUCAAAGCCUGGAGACCAGUGUGGACCUACUUGAACCCGGACAUAUAUUGGAGCCGGUGGGAGUGCGCUUUGACUUUCCACUACGAAGAUGACGAGGGCACGGCUUGCAAAGCCAAUGUGGGCCACUUCCAUUUCGCUAAGAACAAGCCCGGGCUUUUGCUGGCCAUUGCCUGUACCUACCUGCUGGCUGCUUGUCGGUAA